UUUUUCCAACUCGCAGACCUGAGUCUCCCCUCCCACCUCCACCCUUUUUCUUUUAUAAUAGUAUCACCUAAGCUUAGCCCUAUCCUCUCCUGACAACCUCUAUCAAACACUUUGCUUCCUUUUGGGAUUCGUGAUUUUUCCGAAAGCUGAAUUUGCCGGAACUCUUUCCCUCAGGUAGAGGUUGAAGAAUGGGUAGAGGAAAGAUCGAGAUCAAGAGGAUUGAAAACACCACGAAUCGUCAGGUUACCUUCUGCAAGCGCAGGAAUGGGUUGCUCAAGAAAGCUUACGAACUGUCAGUUCUUUGCGACGCCGAAGUUGCUCUCAUCGUCUUCUCCAGUCGAGGCCGCCUCUAUGAGUACUCCAACAGCAACAUAAGAUCAACAAUAGACAGGUACAAGAAGGCUUGUUCAGAUGCUUCUAACACACACACUGUUACUGAAAUCAAUGCUCAGUAUUAUCAACAAGAAUCAGCUAAGUUGAGACAGCAGAUUCAGAUGUUGCAGAAUACUAACAGGCACCUAAUGGGAGAUUCAUUGAGUACCUUAACUGUGAAAGAGUUGAAGCAGGUAGAAAACAGGCUUGAACGAGGAAUUACUAGGAUCAGGUCCAAGAAGCACGAAAUGCUGCUAGCUGAAAUAGAGUAUUUGCAAAAAAGGGAAAUUGAACUGGAAAAUGAAAGCGUUUGUCUCCGAACCAGGAUUGCAGAAGUAGAGAGGCUUCAGCAGGCAAACAUGGUUACUGGACCUGAGCUUAAUGCCAUUCAAGCUUUAGCUUCUCGCAAUUUCUUUAGCCCCAAUGUGAUGGAGCCUCCAACUGCUUUUUCCAACAAGAAGAUUCUCCAUCUCGGGUAGCAAGAGAUCUUGGAGAAAACAAAUAUGGAAGAAUGAAUGGUGUUUUCAUAUUAUAAUGAAUAGUUAAAUAAAAUAAGAAGGGGAUGCAUUUACAAUUACUAUGAAGUUGCUUUGACUACUUUUGUUGUGUGCUUGUUUUCGGAGUAUAACUCAAACAAUUAUAAAUAUGGACAUAAUAUAUAUGUGGACAUGUUUGAUUUUGCUUA